CACUGAACCUGCGUACUAAACGGCAGUUAUGCUGGCCAUUUCGUUUCCUUUCGUUUGGUGUCGCACUGUUCGAAGAAUAUUGAAAUACUUGUCGAUUCAUCAAUUGUCAACAACGACUCAGCUUAUCAAACACUGUUGAGCACAUACCAGUCAUCAUGUCUCUCCAAGAUAAAGUCAUCGUGAUCACCGGAGCCGCAUCAGGAAUGGGCCUUGAAACCGCCCGCCUGUUCGCCAGCAAAGGCGCCAAACUCUCGCUCGCCGACGUACAAGAGAAGCCAUUGAAAGAGCUCGAGUGCGAGCUCCAGAAAUCGGGCUCGCAAGUUAUGACCCAGGUCGUCGACGUGAGCAAGCGUAGCGACGUCGAAAGCUGGAUCGCAGCCACAGUCGAAAAGUUCGGGAAGCUGGAUGGUGCAGCCAACCUCGCCGGUGUCACUGGUCGACAAGGCGCCGUCGCAGGUAUUGAAGAGGUAGAAGAUGACGACUGGGACUUCGUCAUGAGUGUGAAUGUUACCGGGUUGAGGAAUUGUUUGCGCGCCCAGGUGCCGCACAUGAAUGAGGGCAGUUCGAUUGUCAACGCGGCCAGUAUCCUGGGUAUCAUUGGCGCACCUAAGCAGUUAGCGUAUUGUGCCUCCAAGCAUGCCGUGGUUGGUAUGACUAGAAGCGCAGCGAAGGAGCUGGGGCCCAAGAAGAUUAGGGUGAACUGCUUCUGCCCGGGACCAGUUGAUACUCCGAUGUUGAGAAAGGCAUAUGAGAUUCGAGGCGCACCAGUCGAUUACUCCUUCCUUCCGCUGGGAAGGGAAGCACAUCAAACGGAGAUUCCGCCGCUCAUCGAGUUCCUCAUUUCGGACGCGUCAUCAUUCAUGACUGGAACUGCUACGCCGAUUGACGGUGGGUGGUACUGCUAGAUCUCAAGGCUAUGUUGUCCACACAAAGGUCGUUGAAGCGACCAGAUCAAGGCUAGUGGGAUACAUGUAGGCUAAAACAAAUGGAAGUAAGCCACAGUAUUGGAAAGUUGAUAUCUCCAACUUUCAAUGUGACUUGCCCACUGGUGGCAGUGCUGACUAUUCUCUUGGAGGACUUGAAGAGCACACUGCACAAUUGUAGACUCAGCUCUAAUUUUCCAAAACCCCUCGCAUAUUGUGACUGAGGAUGAUCGAACCUCCGAAGUAAGCUUGAGGUAACGAAGUAAGGUUUACGCGAGCUAAAGAAUGCGCUUCCUUACACUUAAAGGGUCUCAAGACUCUGCAUAGAGCUUUCUUAUUGCUGUCGACCUGUAAAGUACGUCCUUGGCGUUGGUCGUGAGCUUUCGUCAUGUCGAUGUUAGAUUGUAUAGA